CAGUUUUUUUCCGAUAAUCACACUUGUGUUGUUUGUUUCUCCUACAUGGUUACAUCUGUUCUGUCAGCGGUCAUGCACUGUUUGUAAUAUCCCAUUUGAAGUUUUAGAAAGGGAUUAUAUGAUUUACAACGGAGAAGAUCUCUGAAUUUUGUAGUUUUUUGCAACCUUUCUGCUCUUGAAUGUUUCCGGUUUGCACUUGCGGCCGCCCCCUGACUCGAAGCAGCACCGCUUCUGAUUCCUGAUUACUGACUGUUUGGACUUUUGCUGCAAUGGCUGGAAGGAUUGUUACUCGGUUUGUCAGCAGAACUUUCCUGGAGUUCGCAUCUGGUGCGAAAGGAAUCCGAGGGACCAGGCGUCAGUACUGGACAACUUUAAGAAGGACCGUACCUGCUCUGACUAGUGGCCGAGCUGCAUUCUUCCUGGGUUUUCCUACGCUAACCUGUCUGGGUUAUGAGGCUUAUCACAGAGUGCAGAGUUCAGCUGUGAUCUAUGCUUUAGAAAGAGUGGAGCUGCUGGAGCAGGCGGAUUACCUGUACAGCUGUGCAGAGACCGAGAAGCUCUACCAGCUGCUGCUGCAGUACAAGGACAGCGACGAUGCAGAGUUCCUGUGGAGGCUUGCUCGGGCCUCUCGCGACUUGUCUCUCCUGCCCAACAUGGAGGGCGAGCGGAAGAAGCAGCUGACGUUUGAGGCCUUCGAAUAUGCAAAGAAGUCUCUGGAGAAGGAUGAGACAUGUUUCGCAGCACACAAAUGGUACGCCAUAUGUCUCAGUGAUGUUGGUGAUUACGAGGGAGUCAAGGUUAAAAUUGGAAAUUCAUACAUCAUCAGGGAGCAUCUAGAGAAAGCCAUCAAACUCAAUCCUAAAGAUGCCACAUCUUUACACAUCUUGGGUUACUGGUGCUUCGCUUUUGCUGAGCUGCCGUGGUAUCAGCGCAAGGUUGCGGCUGUAAUUUUUGCUUCACCGCCUACAUCCACGUACGAGGAGGCUCUGGACUUCUUCCUGAAAGCUGAGGAAGUUGAUCCAAACUUCUACAGCAAGAAUUUGCUGAUGCUUGGGAAGACAUACCUCGGCAUGAAAGACAAGGAGAAAGCGCUGCUGUGGCUAACCAAAGCUAAAGAGUACCCCGCUCACACACUGGAAGACAAAGAGGUGCAUAAAGAGGCUGUGGACCUCUUGAAGAAGCUUGGAUAAAGCUCCCAUUCCCACUGAGAGGAACAUGACGCCUGUUAGGACUUACAGACUGUUAACUGCUGCUAACACAUUCUUUUUUUUUGUUAAGAUUUUGUCAUUAAUUAUUAAUAAUACUGUUAAAUGGUCAGUGGCUUUGCACACAAACAUCACUCAUGCCUUCAGGAGAUAAUAAAACAAGGUCUGAUCAUCCAGCUUAAAGUUAGUGUGCAACUUUUUAUAUUUGAGGAGAUACAGACGGGUCCAUAAGUAUUUGGACAGCGACCUGUGUUCAGCACCACCAUGAUGGAUUUGAACUGAAGCAAUCAAGAUGUGACUGAAAUGAAAACCUUCAGCUUUAUUUAAUUGCUGCCGUUUUUUAGCAAAAGUGUUUUGGACAUCUUACACGUGUGCAGAAAGGCCCAAUUAGACUUUGCUGGAGAACUUUUAAUAAAAAAAAAAUGUCUGACCUGUUA